UUCGGUCCAAACAAGGCCAACCCCACAAUAGUCAAGCUCUUUUAACAAGACCCAAUAUAUUUAUUUAUUUUUGUAUAAAUAAAAAAAAAUUGGUAGAGAGAAAUAAAAAGAUAAACCAUUAACUCCUAGCAUUAGUUUCGCCCACGAACAGGCCUCAACCAACUCCCUGCCUUGCCAUCAGUUUCCUACUUUCAUUCUUCUUUCUCCUCCUCCUCCUUCAUCUUUAUCAGAAAUGGAGUACUGCAUGGAAGCGAGAGCAUUGAAAUCGAGUGUAAGGGGAGAACUAGCCAUGCAAAGGACCCAGCAUGCUGCUUUGGAUGAUAUUUUGUAUAUGAACGGCGCCGCUCCCGGUGAAGAUUUUUCCGUUGACUGUUUCUUAAAUUUUAAUAAUGGAGAAUUUGAAGAAGAAGAACAAAAAGAUUCGUUUUCCGUUUCCUCUGAAGAACGUGUAGCAGAUGAUGAUAGUAACUCUAAUUCUAGCAGUUUUUCCUUUGAUUCUCUUCUCACCAACGAGCUCUCCGUGCCGGAUGAUGAAAUAGCAGGGCUUGAAUGGGUAUCUCAUUUUGUGGACGAUUCGUUUCCAGAGCUCCCUAUAUUAUGCCCUGUUUUUAAGCCGCAAAGCGAUGGCCAUGCAAAAACUCUGUUUGAAACAGAACCAGAGCUGGUGUUUAUGAAAACGCCGAGCUUUUCAUCAACGGUUCCAUCCAAAGCAAGGAGCAAAAGGGCUAAAUCAACCGGCCGGACAUGGUCUGUUGGGUCAAUGCCUCUUUCUGAGUCAUCGUCCUCGACAAUAACAUCGUCAAGUACUUCUUCGGGGUUUUCCGUGACCUCUGCUAAUGUUCAAGAGACGGACUUGGCUAAUGAUUUCACUGAACCGCCAACAAAGAAACAGAAGAAAAAACCGGCGGUUCAAGCUAGUGGAUUGUCAAGUGGGAACCCUUUCCAACGGAGGUGUAGUCAUUGCCAAGUUCAAAAGACUCCACAGUGGCGAACCGGUCCGCUUGGUGCCAAAACCUUAUGCAAUGCUUGCGGGGUUCGUUACAAGUCCGGUCGGCUUUUUCCCGAGUAUAGACCGGCUUGUAGCCCGACUUUUUCAGGUGAUAUUCACUCAAAUAGCCAUCGGAAAGUUUUGGAAAUGAGGAAAAGGAAAGAGGUAGCAGGACAGGAACCUGAGUUGACCCGGAUGAUUCCGAGUUUUUGAAGUUAGAAAUAGCAGGAUAGGUUCACGUGACCACGGUUGAACUGAGUUCAACUGUUUUAGUUUCUUUCCUUCUUUAGGCUUAUACGCUUAAUUAUGUUUAGGGUUUGUAGAAAAUUGCAGGUCUAGUUACUUAUUGUAGGUAGGUAGGUUUUCAUUUCUUUUAGAUUUUUUUUGGUCAUUUAUUUGCAGGUUUAACGAGGAGGGAGAAUUUUAGAGAAGAUUAUUGUUACCAUUAGACUAGACUAGUUUAAUAUGGAUUACUUGUUUUUGAUUUUUCCCUUUGAUUGAAACUUGAAAGCGUUAUAUUCAAGAGGUUUUUGACA